AUGGCUAUGCCCGACAUCGACUACAUGGACCUGCCCAAUGGGAAGACCAUUACUGUCUGCGCACUCCACAAGCAGGUUGUCUGCGGACAGUGCUGCCUUGACCUCAGCUUCGACGUCGACAGCGACGGCGAUAACAUCUCUGACGACGAAGAGAUCUUCGGCACGUACGGCAAUCUCCCGAUCCCCCGCGACGUCACCUUCAGUCAGGUUGCCAACAGCAAGUACGGACGCCGAACGGCCGGGGACGAAGGCGUGGCGCCAUCCGGGGAGGAGGAGGACCACGGCUUCUUCCCCGGCCCCAUCGACUUCAGCCGCAUGGCAGGUGCUCCCGAUAGAACGGAGCCCUCGGGCGAUGUGUUCCCGACGGUUUUCCAGCACCCGAAGAAGUCGUCGAUGAGACCGCAGGACUUAUUCCCGGCGCGUGACACGCGCUUCCACAACCGCUACAACAGGUUCGAGAUGCUGAUCUACACCGACGGGGCGUGCCUCGAGAACGGGGCGGCCGACGCUCGCGGGGGCUGCGGCUUCGUCUUCGGACCUCGGUUGGAGACGGCCCCCGGCCGCGUCGCCUUCAAGCUCGAGGAUCGCGGGCCCGACGGGCAGGUCUAUCGGCACACCAGUAACCGCGCCGAGCUCCGUGCCGCCGUGGGCGCACUGCGAUUCCGGCGAUGGUACGGCGAGAGCUUCAAGAGCAUAGUCAUCGCCACAGACUCAACCUACGUUGUCGACGGGGCCACCGACUGGGCUCGCGGCUGGUGCCGCAAGGAGUGGAGGCUGAGCAACGGCCAGCCCGUCAAGAACCGCGACCUCUGGGUGUCCCUCUUGCUCGAGGCCGAGAAGCUGCACGACAACGGCAUGACCGUGCACUUCUGGAGGAUCCCCCGGGAGUGGAACCACGAAGCCGACAGCGCCGCCAAGGACGCGGCCGAGAACGACCCGCCCGUCGACAAGUUUGUCCAUAUGAUUGGCGUCGGCACCAGGUUUAUGUGA